UUCAGGGUUUAAGAAAAACCCCAAGUGUAAACCCUAGACUCCCGGCAGUUAACCAAUUAAGAGCUAGAAGCUCCGAGCUACACAGAAACAAUGGCUUCCGAUUCUAUGGAUUCAAUGACAAUGAGGAUUUCCGAGCUGUUGAAGGAGGUCCAGCUCGAUUAUUCUCCGGUAAACACCAAAAUUAUCAACGACGUCGUUUCCUCCAUCAAAGAGGCCAUCGACAAAAUCCCCGAGAACAAGGUUACUGCUGAUUUAGCACCGGGGUUCAUUAGAGACAUUAAUGCUGAUAAAGUUGAGUUUACGUUUAAGAAGCCAUUGUCGAUAGAAAUUGGAGGUAGUUAUGCAAUGCAAUGCGUUGUCAAACCAGACAUAAAUGUGGAUCUUUUGCUUUGCUUGCCGAAGGAGUGCUUUCAUGAGAAAGACUACUUGAACCACCGGUACCAUGCUAAAAGAUUUCUUUAUCUUUGCAAAAUCAAGAAGCAUCUGGAUGGUUUGCCACAAUUUGAUAGUCUGAGGUGGUCUGCUUUUCAAAAUGAGGCUCGGAAACCUAUACUGGUUGUCUCGCCAGCUGCAAAGCUGGUUGAAAAGACUGGAUUCAUUGUAAGGAUAAUUCCCACAGCAACAUCAUUGUUUAAUCCAUCAAAGCUGCGGUUGGAGCGGAACAAUAUUCGUUCUCUGAAUCAAGGAGAUGUUAUACAGGCUACACCAAAAUACAACAGUAGUAUAUUGGAAGAUUUGUUCAUAGAGUAUAAUGCUGAAUUCAUUAAGAGCACCUUUUCUGAAUGGAAGGAAUUGAAAGAAGCUCUGAUACUGCUUAAAGUUUGGGCUCGCCAGAGGAGUUCAAUAUAUGUCCAUGAUUGUUUAAAUGGAUUUCUAGUUUCUCUUAUAAUUGCCUUCCUUGCAAAAAGAACUGGUAGCAACAGUAUAAAGAACAUAAUGACUGCAAUGCAAAUAUUUCGUGUCACACUGGAAUUUAUUGCAAAUUCUAAAAUUUGGGAUCAGGGACUCUUAUUUAAGGUAGAAGGUGAAAACAGUGAUUCAAUUAAGGACAGAAGAAUAUUCUUCCAACAAUUUCCUGUGGUUAUUUGCAAUUCAUCUAUAGAACUCAAUCUGGCAUUCCGCUUGUCACAGAGUGGUUUCCAAGAGCUUCGGAAUGAGGCUCGAUUGGCACUUAUUUGCAUUAAAAAUUGUAGAGAUGGUGGAUUUGAUGAGCUUUUUAUGACAAAGAUUGAUUUUCCUGCCAAAUAUGACUACUGCAUAAGAUUGAAUCUGCAGGGACACCAUGACUUUCGUAAAUUGGGAUUUUGUUUGGACGAUGAAUGUUGGAGAUCUUAUGAGAACAAGGUUCUUUCUGUCUUGAAUCAAGGGUUGACAGACAGAUCUAAGCUUGUUCGUGUUAUUUGGAAAAAUACUGUGUAUGGAGGCAAUUUUGAGGAGGGGAUGUUAUUAUGGGAUGGAGAACCAUUGCUUAUUGGGAUUUCAGUCAGUUCUGCUGAGGCAGCCUUUAAGAAGGCUAUCAUGGGCCCUAGUCAUGAGGAAAAAGAUAAGGCUCUAGAGUUUCGUAAGUUCUGGGGAGAUAAGGCAACACUACGGCAGUUUCGUGAUAAUAGAAUUGCUGAAGUUGCAGUAUGGGAGUGUAAAGAGUGGGAAAAGCAUCUCAUUAUGAAAGAUAUAGUUGAGUAUGUUUUAUCACGCCAUUUAUCUAUUACCAAAGAGAAUAUCAUUCCCAUUGCUGGCCAACUUGAUUUCACUCUUCUCCAGAAGGAUUUAGAUCCUAUAUCUUUCUCAACUACUCUUUUGGGAGCAUUUGAAGAGCUAUCAAAGCGUUUGCGUCAACUAAAUGAUAUUCCUUUGAAGGUGUCAAGCGUUCAAGCUCUUGACCCAGCUUUCAGGCUGACUUCAGUCUUCCCCCCUGCACCCCAUCCUCUGGCAUAUGAAAAGGGCAUUGACACAAAACUACAGAAGCCUAUUUCUACCUGUCUACGGCCACUUGAAGUUGCAAUCCAGCUGGAAGGCUCAGGAAAUUGGCCAAUGGAUGAAGUUGCUAUAGAGAAGACAAAAUCUGCAUUUCUUCUCAAUAUUGGAGAAAGUCUUCAGAACAAUUGGGGGAUGACAUGUACAGCAACGGAGGAUGAUGUGGAGGUUCUAAUGUCUGGAUUUGCAUUCCGCCUUAAAAUUUUGCAUGAGAGAGCUCUGAGUUUGGUAAAUGGGCAAAUUAAUUCUGGUCCGUCGAAGUUGGUGCUCACUGCAGAUAAAGAGCUCCUCCUACAUAACAUUCAUGCAGGCAAGAUCAAUGGCUUACGAGGUCGUUAUCCAAUUUAUGGGCCAGUUGUUCGUCUGGCAAAACGCUGGGUAUCUGCACAUCUCUUUUCCACCUUGUUGGCAGAGGAGGCCAUUGAGUUGUUGGUAGCUCAUUUGUUUCUGAGUCCUUUGCCAUUUGAUCCUCCUUACUCUCGGAUAACUGGAUUCCUUAGGUUCUUGAGAUUAUUGUCAGAAUAUGACUGGAUGUUUUCUCCUCUGGUCAUUGAUUUUCAUGGUGUUUCUACCAAUGAGGAAAAGCAAGAAGGAAGUGAUUUUACAACCGAGGAUAUGAAGAAAAUCAAUGUGGCUUUUAAAAAAAGCAGAGAAGAAUCACAAACAAAGAUGCAUGAUGUAAGUCCAGCAAUGUUUUUGGCUACUAAAUAUGACCUCGCCUCUGAAACUUGGACCAGAUCAACACCAGCAAUGACAGAGCUUAAGAGAUUAGUGGCAUAUGCAACUAGCAGUGCAAAUUUGUUAACCAAACUGAUUUCCCAAGAUGAAUGUGAUUCUUCUGUCUGGAAGUGCCUUUUCCGCACACCUUUAAACAAUUAUGACGCCGUUGUUCUUCUUCACAGAGACAAAUUACCCUAUCCACACCAUCUUCUUUUCCCAUCUGAACUCGAACAAGGACGGUGUGUGUUGCAUGGCAAACCAACCAAGAUUUUCCAUCCUUUCAUUGUUCCCGCAGACCUCAGAGGGAGGUCUGAGGAAUUGAAAUCUAAGCUGAUGGUGAACUUUGAUCCACUGAGGUGCUUUAUUAGUGAAAUUGAGAGAGAAUUUCCAGACACGUUCAAGAUCUGGUAUGACUCGUUGGGUGGUGAUGCCAUCGGUCUCACUUGGGGAAAAGCUAGUUCAAAGAAACGAGGAAGGGAUUCCAUGGCUGAGGGCGAAGAUCCACUUGAUCUACUGAAAUCUGUUGGUGAAGUUGGUAAAGGCUUUGUGAGAAGUAUUCAUUUCCUUAAAGCCCGAAAAUUAAGCCAAUGAAACAGUUUCACUUUUGUAGAAGUUGAUCAUUAUGUGUAAUAUCAGUAUUUUGAUGAUUAGUGUUUCUAUUCAAACACUGCAAAAUUUUGGCCAACUGACUUUCAAAGGACAACAGAUAGUUGCCGCAUUGCAUUGCGGCAGAACAUGUAUAUAAUUUCUUGAGAGGAAUCCUUUUUUCUUUUUCA